CUGUAGUGCGCACUGCGCAGGCGCGACUGAAUGGCAUCACGUGAUCUCGCUUUGAACUCUGCGUCGGCGGAAACGGAAAAGUAACGAGAACGCGCCAACAUGGCGGACAGGCUAACGCAGCUUCAGGAUGCUGUUAACUCCCUGGCUGAUCAGUUCUGUAAUGCGAUUGGAGUCCUGCAGCAGUGCGCACCCCCGGCCUCGUUCAGCAACAUACAGACCGCCAUCAACAAAGACCAGCCCUCCAACCCCACAGAAGAAUACGCUCAGCUGUUCGCCGCACUGAUAGCAAGAACAGCAAAAGAUGUUGACGUGCUGAUCGACUCUCUGCCUAGUGAAGAAUCGACUGCUGCACUGCAGGCUGCCAGUUUGAGGCAGUUGGAAGAGGAGAACCAGGAGGCUGCGGCCCGUCUGGAAGAAGUGGUUUACAGAGGAGACAUGUUGCUGGAGAAGAUCCAAUCAGCGCUCGCAGACAUCGCCCAAUCACAGCUUCGCACACGCAGUGGUGCCCCGAGUCAGCCAACACCCCCAGAGUCCUGACACUGACCCGCCACAACCAAACAUGGACUAUAUCAUCUGUACACAGCAGGGAUUUUAUACUCCUCCUUCAGCAACUGCAGGAGAUCUUGUGUUAAAUGUACAGUUUGUUUCUGGACUGAAGAAUGAUUCUGAUUUCAUUCUGUAUGGCAGAGUAAGUGCCCACUGUUUCCCAUCGCACAUGUUUAUUAUGUGACAUCCGGCAUUGUUUUUUACCUGAUAACAGUAUAUGUUCAACAUCCAUCAAAUAGCCCCUUUCUGCAAUUAACAGUCAGCGGCAGGGUAAGUUGGUUUUUUGUAUAUUUAAUGAUAUUUUCUUGUCUUUCCGGGAUCAUGCUGUUUGUUUUGUUUUGAAAGGAAUUUUGUCUUUGUGUUUAACCAAUAAAAUAUUGUUGUAUAAAGGG